AUGGCGGCCCCGCGCACAACCAAAACCCGGCCGCUCUCCGCCGUCCUCCCACCUCUGGUCCUCGGCACCGCAACCUUCAACUACCAAUACGUCUCGGACCCCUCGCGCAUGCCCUCCGUCGACAUCGUCUCCCGCGCCCUCUCCCUCGGCGUAAACGCCUUCGACACCUCCCCCUACUACGGCCCCUCCGAGACCAUCCUCGGCGCCGCCCUGCGCACCCUCUCCCCGCCCCGCGACUCCUACUUCCUCGUCACAAAGGCCGGCCGCAUCGCCCCGACCGAGUUCGACUACUCCCCAGCCUGGAUCCGCGCUUCCGUCCUCCGCAGCCUCGAGCGUCUGAAUACCACUUACCUAGACCUAGUCUAUACCCACGACGCAGAAUUCGUUUCCCCCGAUCAGGUCGUCGCCGCCGUACGCGAGCUACGCCAUCUCCGCGACGAGGGCCUCGUUCGUUAUGUCGGUAUCUGCGGCUACCCUGUCCCGGUGCUCUGCGAGCUAGCCGAAAAGAUCCUCCGCGAAACGGGCGAACCCAUCGACGCCGUCCAGUCCUUUUCGCACUUUUGCAUCCAGAAUGAUACCCUCGGCAGCGACGCGAUCCUUACACGACUGAAAGAUGCCGGCGUCGGUGUCGUGACCAACGCGAGCAUGCUGAGCAUGGGUCUGCUCACCACCCGCGGCGUCGACGACGGCCCCAUGGCGAGCUGGCACCCGGCCCCAAGCCCGUUGCGCAAGCUAUGCAACAGUCUUGUAGCAAUCGCCGAGGGAGCGGGAGAGAAAAUGGAAGAGCUCGCUCUGUACUGGGCCAUGGCGAACUGGGCGCGCGUAGGAGGUGCCUUUGGCAGUGAGCUGCUGCCGCCCACGUACAACGGCCCUGCCAAGGUCGGUGUCAGCGUCAUGGGCGUAACAUCCGUGUCUGAACUGGAAGAGACGUUCCUUGCCUGGCAGAGCAUGAUGCGCGAGCUCGCCGCCGAGAGCGACAAGUCAAAUCCUGCCGACGUCCCGGCCAGUCGGCUUGACAAGAUUCAGCGGUUGGUCACGGAAAACAUGUGGCCUGCCUUGGGCGAAUGGCGGAAUUACAGCUGGGUCAGCCCUGGCGAGGAUUUCGUCAACCAACCUUCCGUCGCCGCUAUCGAUGCUGCCCUUCCUGCCGUCGCUGCCGCCGAGCCGCACUUGUAA